AUGUAAUUUAUUUAUAACUAUAAGGAUUUUUUGAAUUAUUGUGCUUCAAAAUCCUUAAGAAAGUAAUUACUCUAUCUAUUUCAUAUUAGGAAAGCUGAUUAUUAAUAUAAAAACUAAUUAGUUUAAAAUGUGAAUAAGUUAUUAAUUAAUUAGAAUUAUAAUUCGAGCUAAAAGGAACUCAAAAAAAAGAAGAGUAAAUAAACAAGAUGUCAGAAAUUUAGAAAAAGUAUAAAGUCUUUGACUUAAAAAGAUAUGAUAGGGUUCUCUUCAGAUAGAUUUAUUUAUUCAUUAAAAAAUAUAUUAAAAGCUGUGUUUUGUUUUAAAAAAAAAUGA